GAGGGCGUAAUCUGUACAGUAAACAACAACCUGCACGAUCACGUAAACAAGCCAGGAGACAUACCCAAUCGCAGCAUAGGCGAAAUCUGCCUUUUGUAAUGUGGGAACGUGUCUGCAACCUUUAUAAAGGUUCGUUUUUUGUUCUUUCGAAACGCAAGUUUUGUACGUUUCUGGUUGCUGCUGUUGGGUUGCUUUUUUUCGGUGUUCUUGGACUCAUUCCAUCAAUCAAGAAUACAAUUGUUGAUGAAUCAUGGUGGUACCGGCUUGUAAAUCUUCCUCCGUCGCCUCGAAUGGCUUAUGUAACAAUGCUGACCGUUCCUCCGCGUUAUGUUGAUGCAGAAGACGAAGAAAGACCGGACUGGUACUACAAUUCAACAAGACUCCUCGUUCACAGGCUUGUCCGGUACCCGGAGACAAAAAGCAAGUACCCUGUCGUCGUGAUGGCCAUGCGAGGAGUAGACGAAUGGAAGCUACAGCAGUUGCGAGAAGACGGCGCCAUUGUGCAAGUCGUAGAGCCCCUACACGCACGAGACGUCGUUGACAAUAUUGAUGACAUGGAGGUUGCCGAUCCCCGAUGGCUGUACAUGUUUACGAAGCUAAGAGUCUUUGAAAUGUUCCAGUACGACCGACUUUGUUUCAUUGACAGCGACAUGCUGCCGAUUCGUAACAUGGACGGUGUCUUUAAUGUACACGAGAUCAUGGAAAGAAAGACUUCGUCCUCGUACAAACCUCCGGCCCUCACUUAUAGACCAAAAGGCAGCAUGAAGAAUGCCGAGUUUGAAGAGGACUGGAAUGCAUACGGAGUUGACAAAGAAGAACUUUAUCCGUACGUGUUUGCAGCUGUUUCUGACCCUGGUGAGUGGCAUACGACACCUCCUCCAUUCAAAGACUUCUUCAAUGCUGGUUUAUUUGUUUUCCGCCCUUCUAAAGCACACUGGAAACGUUUACGCUAUCUUGCCCGAAAGCCUUACUUCUACGACAAUGCGCGUAUGAUGGAACAGAGUUUGCUGAACUUUGCUUUUCAUUCGAAAGGCGCCUUUCCAUGGGAACAUUUAGACUGGACGUACAAUGGUGUGUGGGCCCGUAAGACCGACCUCCCGUUUCUUAAAGUUAUUCAUGGAAAGCUGUGGCAAGGUGCUGACAAGAUGGGCUUUGACUACGAUACUUCUGCUGUUUGGUGGCAGGCAUACGGGGAAAUGAUUGCAUACCACAAAAUUAUCUACUCCCCUCCCUUUGGAGGGUAGGACUUACAGAUACCUCUUACGCAGUGACAGUCUUUUAUUAUUUUCUUUUUGCAUACGCUCACCACUGUGUAUUGCUUUUCUCUCAUCGAACACGAUGAGUUACUUUUCAAGACUUUUAUAGAACCAUGUUAACGAUUUUUUUUUUCCCAAUUAUUUCAUGAAGCAAUUGCAUACGGACAAGCCUUACCAAUCGCUUUUUUCUCUCAUUUGCCUUUAGGAGACCGAAUAAGCGCUAGUUUUUGUU